CACAUUCGCGGCUAUUUUAGUAAUUAGCCCCGGCUCUUCCGCUACCCGAACCCCUCGAAACUACAUCUCCCAGCAUGCUCUAAAGCUGGUCUGACCUCAUCUCAAAUGGCCCCGUAGGGCAACAAGGAUGGUUAGUUUUGACCGUGCUUAUUUGUGCCAUAAAAAAUUGAUCCUAAUUGGCUGCUAUUUGGGCUUUUAUAUUUGCCGGCCUCCCGUUUUUGAGCCGUGGUCACUAAAUGAAGAGGUUCUGGCCUGGGAAGGCCCAUGCAUUCCUUCAAUUGGAUGGGGAGCUGGGACAGUGUCUCUGGCGACAGCGCGAAUAGGAGGGAAUGUUGACCAGGGAGCACCGCUGCGGCCGUUUAGAGGAGCAGGAACCGGAGCCCGGGUUGAGUCCGAAAAAAGCCGGAUCCAGACGGCGGCUCCGGAACGGCUGCAACUGGAAGAUGGAGGAGCCGGAGGAACCGGCAGACAGUGGGCAGUCGCUGCCUCCAGUUUACAUCUACAGUCCCGAGUAUGUCAGCAUGUGCGACUCCCUGGCCAAAGUCCCCAAACGGGCCAGCAUGGUACAUUCUUUGAUUGAAGCAUAUGCACUGCAUAAGCAAAUGAGGAUAGUUAAGCCCAAAGUAGCUUCCAUGGAGGAGAUGGCCACCUUCCACACUGAUGCCUAUCUGCAGCAUCUCCAGAAGGUCAGCCAAGAAGGAGAUGACGAUCAUCCAGACUCCAUAGAAUAUGGGCUAGGUUAUGACUGCCCAGCCACUGAAGGAAUAUUUGACUACGCAGCAGCUGUAGGAGGGGCCACUAUCACAGCUGCCCAAUGCCUGAUUGAUGGAAUGUGCAAAGUAGCAAUUAACUGGUCCGGAGGGUGGCAUCAUGCAAAGAACCACACUGGCCUUUCAGCUUCUCAAAUAGGCCAAGGAAGUUCUUUCCUGCCUCAGAGCUUUUGCCAUGCUGUUCUCUCUGCCUGGAAGACUUCAUCUCAGUAUGGAGAUGAAGCAUCUGGGUUUUGUUAUCUCAAUGAUGCUGUCCUGGGAAUAUUACGAUUGCGACGGAAAUUUGACCGUAUUCUCUAUGUGGAUUUGGAUCUGCACCAUGGAGAUGGUGUAGAAGAUGCCUUCAGUUUCACCUCCAAAGUCAUGACAGUGUCCCUGCACAAAUUCUCCCCGGGAUUUUUCCCAGGAACAGGUGACGUGUCUGAUGUUGGCCUAGGGAAGGGACGGUACUACAGUGUAAACGUACCCAUUCAGGAUGGCAUACAGGACGAGAAGUAUUACCACAUCUGUGAAAGUGUACUAAAGGAGGUCUACAUAGCCUUUAAUCCCAAAGCAGUGGUCUUACAGCUGGGAGCUGAUACGAUUGCUGGGGAUCCCAUGUGUUCCUUUAACAUGACUCCAGUGGGAAUUGGCAAAUGUCUUAAGUACAUUCUUCAGUGGCAGUUGGCAACACUCAUUUUGGGAGGAGGAGGCUAUAACCUUGCCAACACGGCUCGAUGCUGGACAUACUUGACCGGGGUCAUCCUAGGGAAAACACUAUCCUCUGAGAUCCCAGAUCAUGAGAUGGAAGAAUAGGAAGCAGUUUGCUGGAAAGGCUACCAGUAGCAACUACCCAUCCUUUGCAAGAAGUAACCAGGUAUCCCAGCUGUAGGAAAACAGAUGUGUCCAUGGGAAAACACUAGAUUGCCAAUUGAGGGAAGGGAGUUGAGAAGACAAGCCCAGCACAAAUAUUACAAGUCAUUAGUGGUGAGAUUUCGGUGAUAGCACUCAUGAGAUAUAAAACGGGUGAUGUCAUAAAGCCAGUGAUCAGGGAGUUAGUCCCAGCUCAGGAACUGGGGAGCCAGGCAUGGAAUAAGGAAGCAAUCCCAACUGGAAGAAGAGUUGGGCCCAGCUUGGAAAGCUAAGAGGAAGGAAACCUGCCCAUAUGCCUGGCUCAGGUAUCUCUACCAUGGACAAAGUCCAAAGAUGGCAUGAGGUCCCAUAAAAAGAUUUUCUAAUUUAGCAAAUCACCUACUCUGUAUAAUAAAGCUUAUGGACUAUCAUGUACAAGAAUGUUCCCUAAUCCAGUAAUACUAUUUGGAUCCUGUGAUCCAGGAUAGAGUAUGGCAGUUAUGUUAUAUAAUGUAUUCAUAUAUACAUAUAUGUAUAUGUAUGUACAGAUAUAUCAGGUAUGUGUAUAUAUCUGAAUCAGAUGGUUUAUUAACAAAAUUUAGUGAAUGAAAAAUACUUACUUAACCAGACCACCUCUGAUGGACUGGUUGGAUAAACUGUGCCUGACUCAUAUGAGGGAAUAUAUGUAGCCACUGAAAAGACUCAAGUAGAUUUAUAUGCAAGUGUGUUACUGAUGUAAAACAGUCUUGCAGUGCAUCUGUAGAUUGCACUGAAUCUAUAGAUCAGUUUGGGGAGGAAUAACAUCUUAACGAUAUUUAAGCUUUCAAUCCAUGAAUUUGCUAUAUCUCUCCAUUUCCUUAAGUCUUUAAUUUCAAAUUUUCAUUUAUACUUUUCAGUGAACACAUCUUGCACAAAUUUUGUUAUAUUUAUCCCUAAGUAAUUCAUGGUUUUGAUGUUAUUACAAAUGCUAUUUUUAAAUUUCAAUUUUAAUUGUUUGUUGCUAGAAUAUAGAAACCUAGUUGAUUUUAUAUGGAUCUUGAAUAAUGUAUCAUUGCUAAACUCAUUAGCUCUAGCAGCUUUUUGUAGAUUUGUUAGUAUGUUUCAUGUAUACAAACAUGUCAU